AUGUUUAAUUUUUCACAUGAAACAGUAGAGAAAGUAAUUUCUCGUCCAGAACAUACAUUAAACUUUUGCAUUCUUGCUCACGUUGAUCAUGGUAAGACAACUCUUUGUGACCAUCUUCUUUCAAGUAAUAGCAUUAUUACAAAAGAACUUGCAGGCGAAGUCCGCUACAUGGACUGCCUUCAAGCAGAGCGUGAAAGAAAUAUCACGAUGAAAACAUCAGCAGUUUCAUUGAUUUACAGAAAAGAAAAUGAAUUAUUUUAUCUAACUGUUGUUGAUUCCCCAGGACAUGUCGACUUCGAAGCUGAAGUAUCCAAUGCGGUUAGAUUAUCAGAUGGUUGUCUAAUUCUUGUUGAUGCUGUUGAAGGAGUUUGUGUCCAGACAGAAUUAGUCCUUAGAUGCGCUUUCAACAACAACCUUAAGCCGAUUCUUGUUAUAAACAAGGUAGAUAGACUAUUUACAGAACUAGAUUUAUCACCUGAAGAUGCCGAAUUACAUUUAGAACAAUUAUUACAAGAAAUCAACGCCGCAACACUACAAGAAGAUCCCCCAUUUGAUCCAUCCAUCGGAAACGUUGUUUUUGUAUCCUGCAUUGGCAAAUGGGGCUUUGCAGUUCCAGAUAUUUCAUCUCAAUUUGCAGAUAAGCUUGGUGUCACACCCGAAAAGGCCGCAGAACUAUUCUGGGGCCUUAAAUACUGGGAUCCGAAGACGAAACAUAUUACAAAACGCAAGCCAACCCCUCAAUCAAAAACAUUUUUCCAACAAAUGCUCUUAACACCUAUCUGGAAAGCCUACCAAGAGAAAUGCGACAUUACACAACUUGCACAGCGUCUAAAUGUGCAAGUAACAGCCAGAGAUACCCCAAUCUCAAUCAUAUCCAAAUGGAUUCCUUUAUCAAACUCUCUUUUAUCGACCAUUGUCAAGUUCCUUCCAACUCCUGCUUCCGCACAACCUAUUACCAUUCCAAAGAUGUGUCCUGGUCUUUUAGAAGAAAAAUACCAAAAAUUUUUCGAUGCCGCAAAACGUGUUGACAAAAACGGCCCGAUGAUUGCAUUUAGUCCAAAGAUUGUACAUGGCGCGAUGCUUCAUUUCCCAUCAGAAUCAUAUCCAUUUGUCAUGUACGUGCGUGUUUACAGCGGAACAAUUCGUCCAAACGAUGUUUUGUAUGUCAGACACGAGAAAGAGCCAAAUGUUAGUAAAGUCACUGUCAAAGGACUUUAUUUAUUCAUGGGCAGCGAUCUCCUUGAAAUCAAGACCGCUCCUGCAGGCUGUGUUGUUGGAAUUGCUUUGGAAGAGCCAAUUCUCAAACAAAGUACAUUUUGCCAUGAAGAAGAUUUCCCUUUGUUUACAACUGUUACUCACAAUGCUCAGCCAAUUGUCAAUGUAUCAAUCGAAGCAAUAAAAAUUGCAGACCAAGCAAGUCUUUUGAAAGGCGCCGAAUUACUCGCGAAAAUUGAUCCGGCCGUAAAAAUUUCUCAUGAAGAAAACGGCCAGUUAAUUUUGCAUUGCAUGGGAGAAGUUCAUUUACAGUUUUGUAUUGAUGAACUCAAACAACACUUAGCUAAAGUAGAGUUCACAACAUCUCUUCCUUUAGUUCCAUGCAAAGAAACAAUCAUUGACAAAACAAAUGAGCCGAAAUCAGUGACAAUGGGAAGAACAACGAUUUAUUCAUCUUCUUUCAAACUCAAACAGGAAAUUGUUGAUUUGUUGUUGUCUAAAAAUAAUUGGGAAACAAAACAAUUACAACAACAACUCAAAGAAUAUCUUCCUGAUUUGUAUGAAAAAGUAAUCGCUUGUUCUGGAUCGAAUUUAUUAGUUGUAAGUGAUGAAUACAAGAAUUUACAUAAUUCUUUGUCAGCAGGUUUUAGAUUGUGUGUUAAUAAUGGUCCUCUUUGCGAAGAACCUUUGUUUGGUGUCUGUUUCAUUGUUGAAAAAAUAGAAAUCAAACAAUUGACAUUGGCUUAUUUGUUGCAGGAUGAUGAUGAUGAAAGUUUCGUGUCUAAUUCACCUCUUCAAUUCGGAGAAUCAAUUGCAUGCGCAAAGGAAAGUUUCAGACAGGCUUUCUUACAAUCUCAACCGAGAAUCAUGGAACCAUUGUAUAGAUGCGAUGUACAAUGUGAUUACUCAGUUGUUGGAAGAGCUUAUGAUAUUUUGUUGCAGCACAGAUGUGAAAUUGUUGAAGAGAAAACAAAAGAAGGAACAAAUUCGUGUUUGAUCACUUGUUAUUUGCCUGUUAUUGAAUCAUUCGGAUUUCCAAAUGAUUUGAGAUCUAAAACAUCAGGAAAGGCACAUCCACAACUCUCUUUCUCACACUACAAGAUGGUUGAAGAUGAUCCAUUCUGGAAACCACAGACAGAAGAAGAAAUUGAAGAAUACGGAAAGGAUGGAAAAGAAAUUAAACCAAAUGUUUCAAAACAAAUCAUCGAAAUAGUAAGAAAGAGAAAGGGAAUUUGGACAGAAAAUAUCGAGCAGAAAGCUGAUAAAAGAGCUACUGUUUCAAGGAACAAAUAA